AUGCCUAAAGUGUCGCGAACGCCUAGAAACAUUGAUACUAGCGUCUAUCUGUAUGAUUGGCUCCCGAAGUUCCUUAUCUUGCCGGAUAGUGCGACCUCGUUCAAGCCAGCAUAUAAGUUCAAGGAGGGCCGUUUGCUCAAAAUUCUAUCGGUGGAACGCAGAUUAAAGCAGGAUGGCUCAUAUAGAUGCAAUAGUGGGCUUCGGGUUGUUGCUUGUGACGCUAAUAGUCGCAUCUUUGCUAUUUUAAGUUCGAAAUCUAUCAAUCAGUAUGAGCGAGACGAACGCAUACGCGUAACGAAAAACCUAAUUAAUACCGAAAUAUUUGUGACAGAACUCAACGUGAAUUUUUUGACACCUAGGCAGGCUAGCAAACUGUUUGGAUAUUCAGAUAAUCGAGCACGGGCAAUUCUGGGUGGCAAUUCCCGCUCUUUGCUGGCUGAUAUUCCUGCUUAUGCAAUUCUUCAAGUUGAAAAUUUCCGCAUUGGCAACAGAGAUAGAUACAUCCCUCAAAAUGUGGAUGCAAUCCCCUAUAUAUAUACACUUUCCGACUACCAGAAGAGAUAUUUAGCUUCUGCAUUUGACAAUGAGAACGAUUAUGCAUCCAAAACAGGGGGUGCCGAGGGCGAUAGUGACGAAUUGAAAAGCCAGUAG